AUGUCUGCCAAUGCAGAGAAUCCGACGCGCUAUGAGUGCUGCUACGAAGGCGGUGAGCUCGCUAGGGAUGUGCUUUCCAGUACAUACUGCGUGAAUUGUCCCGCCGCCAAGAGAGCAGGACGAUUUGCACGUAGAGACACACUGAUGGGUAUUUAUAAACGGUCAGAAGGAGAAGGAUUGGGAGAAGAUUCAGUCAGUAAGAACAGCCCUGGAGUGGGGAACAGAGACGUGGGAGAUAAAGUCCUAGACCCGUUAAUAGACCCGUCAGGGAGCAGCGGUGGAGUGGGGAAUAGAGACGUGGGAGAUAAAGUCCUAGACCCGUUAAUAGACCCGUCAGGGAGCAGCGGUGGAGUGGGAAACUAG